CUGCAAUUAACCGCCCACGCACGAUCGAUGACCGCCCCCACGCGCCCCUUGCCCCUCAUCGCGCCUGUUAGACAUCGCGAUGCUGCCCCUCACCCCGCCGUCACCGCCGCCGCUCCCUCGGCUCGCUGUCGCCGUCGCGCCUCCCCCUCGGUCGCCGCCCCUCAGCCCGCCGUCGAUCUCUCCCUCUCCCGGUGCCCUCCAUCGCCCCUCCUUGCGUCCCUCUUCCUCGCCGGCAGCCGUGGCCCUCUCUCUCGCCGGGAUGACGAGCUUGGGGGGAAGGGUGGGGUCGUGAAGACGAGCUACGCGGGGUCGCUGGCUUUGCGCUUUGCCAACAACGGUCACCCCACCAUCGUCGUCUCCACCGACCUUGCACACUCCCUCAGCGACUCCUUCGCUCAGGUGGGGGGGGGGGGCCUGAGGCACCACUGUUUGCGCUUGAGGUUUGGACUAUUAAAGACAAAGGUGGAGUGCAAGCCUGACUUGAAGGAUAGCUAGCACAUGCAGGACUUGAGGCUGAUUUCUGCUAGCUCUAGCACAUCUCUCUCUUCUCCUCCUUUGAGCGCCAACAAGCACAGCAGGAAUAUGUUCUUCUGAUGAUUGGCGUCUCGCCUUUUGGCGUUGCUGGUUUCAGAGCUACGAAUCUAAUCUCACUAUACUUUUAUGUAUCGUCAUUUAGCGCAUACUGCAUUCGAUUUUAAAUAGAUGUUGUUAACUGUGAUAACCUCUUUAUUCCUUUUCCUGUUAAUGAUUGGUUACUACUUACUAAUCCAGUGGCGUAUACCUGAUGGCCUGCCAAUCUCAGUGCUGAAAAUGCAUACAGGGGUUGUAACUGCCAUUGCAUUUAGUCCAAGAGCUGGUGAAAAAUUGCGAGUUCUUCUGUGAGUAUGCAUGCUACAAGUCCAAGCUGAAUCCUUGCGUGGGAUGGAAGUAGAUGUCUUUCGCUGUGAAGUGGAGGCAGUCCUUUUGGCUAGGAUACUUGCUAGAAGUUGAUGCAAAUCUUGUGCUAGCAUACUUGCUAGAUGAGCACGAUUCACUGUAUUAUUUGUUGCAGUAGGACUUCGUUCGAAUAUCUAUUUCAACUUAUCUGUCUGUCGCCGUUAUGUAUCUGUUCGUCAUGAAACUUCUAUGUGUGUAUACAAUAGAGUUGUGACGGAAUUAUUGAGGAUGCGCUUAUUAUGAUUUAAUUUAUUUUGUAUCAUUAUGGAGUAGUUGGUGUGAAUUAUU